AUGUCUUCGGUACCGGUGCUUCUGAUUGUGAUGGGCACGUCUGGGUCCGGCAAAUCCACUGUCGGAUCUGCACUUGCCCACUCGCUCCACUGCCCCUUUGUCGACGGAGACGAUCUGCACCCCGCGACGAACGUUGCCAAGAUGUCGGCUGGUCAACCGCUCAACGAUACCGAUCGAGAGCCUUGGCUGCGAACCAUCCGCGAGACGGGUCGAACCCUCGCUCUGACCCAAACACAGCCCGAAACUGCACCGGUGAAGAAGCUGGCCGAGGUGUACGAAACGUCCCAGCAGACUCGGACUUGGACGGACGAGGCGGUUGAUCCCACCGCGCACGUUUCGGACCAGCCGACGAAGGGGGCCAAGGUGGCAGUGAUUGCGUGUUCCGCUCUCAAGCUGGUGUAUCGUAGAUUGCUGCGUGGAUCGAUUCAGGCGCUCGAUGAUCCGGAUGCUACAGCGGAGGAACAUGUGCAGUACAAGGAUCUCAGGACGGUGCAUGUGUACUUGGACCUGUCGCGCGAGUUGUUGGAACACCGAAUGGCCGCGCGCAAGGGCCACUUUAUGAAGCUCGACAUGCUCUACUCGCAACUCGACACCCUCCAAAAACCCACGCCCCAAGAACCGGACGUCAUCAUCGUCGAUGUUCAGCCCGAUACCACCACCGACGCCAUCAUCGCCCAGGCCGUAGCACAACUCCGAUCCCAAGCCAUCAUCUAA